AUGGUUAAACUGGAAGAAGUUGGUCUUGAUCACGUCGAGGAAGAAUACACUGAUACCGACUCUUCCUCUGUUUAUUCUUCUGAUGAGGACGAGGACGAUGUUGACAACAUUGAGUCGAUCAUGGACAGAAUCUGGGCAUUGCAAGAUGUCAUUCCUGCAAAGACUCGCAAGUCGAUCUCGGAGAGGUGUUCGUCUAUUUAUUCUUGGGGCAAGUAUGGCGCAAAGUUCUUGGGCAAUUCAGCCUGGUUGCUUUCUCAACCUAGUGGUCAACAAACACAGCAGCAGAAGAAGCAGGCUGGUAUUGUUCCUCCUGGGUUUUAA